UAAUUGGCUGAGAAAUUUGAAGUCACCGGAAGUACUAACUCCGCCAUAUUAUCACUCCCAAAACAAAAGCAGAAGACGAUAAUCGACCGACUUUCCUGGAUCUGGAUAGGAACGUUGCAGGGCUUUUCAGCAUCGAGAGAGAGAGAGAGAGAGAGACGUGUAGCACCAGUCUUUAAGGGAGGUCCAAUCGAUAGUAGUUCUCGGAAAGAAUGAAUGUUUUAUAAAUAUGUGUUUUACACUGCUGCUCAGAUAUCCCCACAGCAUUUCAUGUUGAAAAAGAUUAUAAAUGGUUUAGUUUAAUUCUAUAAAAUGCCUUCUUGUGCUGCUAUCAAGUGUACAAAUAGACAGUACAGAGGAUGUGGUCAAACAUUUCACAGAUUUAUUAAAAUGAACAAAACAACAUCCUUUUUGGAUAAAAAUUAAACACAACCGCUGAUGUUUAAAAAGCGUCUGCUUGUGACCUUGUGUAAGAAAAUUCUCAAAUAUCACGUGCAGCGGAAAUUUCCUUCAAAAGAAUCAGAAAAAAAAUUAUGGUUAGAAAAGAUAAAGAGAGAAAAUUUUUAUCCGUCAUCCACAGCAGUACUUUGUUCAGAUCAUUUUGAGGCGUCAUGCUUUGAUCGUACAGGACAGACUGUUCGAUUAAAACAGAACUCUUUACCAACUAUAUUUAAAUUUCCAGCACAUUUGUUAACGGAGAAAGUAACUCCAACAAAACCAAUACAGAAGGACGUAAUGGUGACUGAAUCAUGUGAUGGUAUUUUAACAGAUAUUCUGUCAGUGUCAGCUAAUGUCAGUAAAUCUACCAAUGUGCCAUCAGUAUCCGUCGCUAAUGUCAGUAAUUCUAAUAAUGUUCCAUCAGUAUCCGUUGCUAAUGUCAGUAAUUCUAACAAUGUUUCAUCAGUAUCCGCUAAUGUCAGUAAUUCUGACAGUAUUCCUUCAGUGUCCACUAAUGUUAGUAAUUCUGACAAUGUUCCAUCAGUAUCUGCAGAUGUCAGUAAUUCUAACAAUAUUCCAUCAGUAUCCAUCAGUAAUUCUAACAGUGAUCAUCAAUAUGCUGAUGUCAGUAAUUCUAACAAUAUUCCAUUAGUAUCUGUCAGUAAUUCUAACAGUGAUCAUCAAUAUGCUGAUGUCAGUAAUUCUAACAAUAUUCCAUUAGUAUCUGUCAGUAAUUCUAACAGUGAUCAUCAAUAUGCUAUUGCUGACAGCCCUUGUAAAUUAAAGAGACAGUUGGAAGAGACUAUUGAGAAAAUGAAAAGCUUGAAAAAAAGAUUGAAACAUUCCCAACAAGUGUCACGACGGGCUAAAAAGAAGUGCCAAUAUCUCUCCACGCUAGUUGAAGCUUUACAGCAGAAACCGUUGAUCUUUUAUAAUUGUGCUUGAGAAUACAUUUUCUGGUUUAUCAUUAACUAUUAUAAAGAGAUCUGAAAAAUA